AUGUUACGAACGACACUGCACAAGACACGGGACGGGACCGCACCGGCUAGGACAGGCACGACCCGUGGGCACAAGAAGAAGGCAGGGGCACGUGACCAGCCACGUGACCCAAGAGGCGAUCGAAGAGGUCGAUGUUCGAACACAUCGACCAGGGAGGAUCGAACCGACCGAACCUCGAGCCAGUCGAUCAAGGUUCGAAGGGAUCGAUGGUCGAGCCAAUCGAUCCAGGACUACAAUAGAGAGAUAGACGAUUCCUUUUAUAGUUAUCUUUCUUCCUAUUAUAGUUAUAUUAACUAUAAGAAACUCUCUGUUACCUUGCUUACUAUUAAGGACGCCUACUUUAAUGGCCUUAAGGAUAAGACAAAGAAAGAAGUCGGCUUCCAAUGGAACGAACCAGAAGCCACGGCAUUCCAGAAAAUGAAAGAUUUAGUUACGUCAGAACCUGUGUUGAAAGCACCUGAUCAGGACAAACCUUAUGAGCUUGAAACGGACGCCUCAGACUUUGCACUAGGCGGACAGCUUGGACAACGAGAUGAUCAAGGAAGAUUGCACCCAGUUGCAUUCUUCUCGAAGAAACUCCACGGACCCGAACUCAAUUAUGGGAUCCACGACAAAGAACUCAUGGCUAUCAUUGAGUGCUUCAAAGAAUGGAGACACUAUCUCAUAGGAGCAAAGCAUCAAAUCAAGUAUAGUUAA